CUGAGCAACCAGCCCACCCAAUCGGUAGGGUUUUUGCUCCCCCCUCCGCCCGCCGCCGGCGCCGCCGAUCGCAGGAAGGGACGAAGGGAGAGGCCCGGCGUACGCAGCAGGCACGAGGAGAUGGCGCAGUCACUGGAGCUUCUGCUAAUCCAGUUCCUGAUGCCGGACAACGACGCGCGGCGGCAGGCGGAGGAGCAGAUCCGCCGGCUGGCGCGCGACCCGCAGGUCGUGCCGGCGCUCGUCCACCACCUCCGCACUGCCAAGACCCCCAACGUCCGCCAGCUCGCCGCCGUGCUCCUCCGCAAGAAGAUCACCUCCCACUGGCCCAAGCUUCCACCGCACGCCAAGGCUUCCCUAAAGCAAGCACUCAUCGACUCCAUCACGCUCGACAACAGCCAUCUUGUAAGGAAAGCUAGUGCAAAUGUGGUGAGCAUUAUUGCUAAGUAUGCUAUCCCUGCAGGAGAGUGGCAAGAGUUGUUACCGUUCCUUUUCCAAUGCAGCCAAAGUCCACAAGAAGAACAUAGAGAAGUAGCUUUAAUUCUGUUCAGCUCCCUUACUGAAACUAUUGGGACUACAUUUCAAUCUCAUCUGAAUGAUUUACAACCUAUUUUACUGAAAUGCCUGCAAGACGAGACCAGCUCUAAAGUCAGAAUUGCUGCCUUGAAGGCUGUCGGAUCCUUCAUAGAGUAUGUCAAUGAAGGCGGGGACAUUGUAAAGAUGUUUCGAGACUUUGUUCCCAGUAUCUUGAAUGUAUCAAGGCAGUGUCUUGCUAAUGGUGAUGAAGAUGUUGCUUCCAUUGCCUUCGAAAUAUUCGACGAACUAAUUGAAUCUCCUGCACCACUUCUUGGAGAUUCAGUCAGAUCAAUUGUGCAGUUCUCGCUUGAAGUUUCCUCAAAUCAUGAUCUGGAAAUAAAUAUAAGGCAACAGGCUAUUCAGAUAAUUUCAUGGCUUGUAAAAUUUAAAGCAUCCUUCUUAAAAAAGAACAAGCUGAUUGUACCUAUCCUACAAGUUAUGUGCCCCUUGCUUACAGAAACUGCUAAUGAAGAUGAAGAAUCUGAUUUAGCCGCAGAUCGUUCUGCAGCAGAAGUCAUUGAUACAAUGGCUAUCAAUUUACCAAGACACGUUUUUGGUCCAGUUCUUGAAUUUGCUUCUGUGAGCUUUCGUCACAUUAAUCCCAAGUUUCGUGAGGCUGCUGUUACGUCGUUGGGUGUUGUCGCAGAGGGUUGUUCUGAACAUUUCAAGGAUAAGUUGGAGGAAUGUCUCAAAGUUAUUUUAGAAGCUUUAAAGGAUCAAGAGCAAAUGGUUAGAGGUGCUGCUUCAUUUGCUCUUGGUCAGUUUGCUGAACACUUGCAGCCAGAAAUUCUGUCUCACUAUGUGACUGUACUUCCAUGCAUCUUAAAUGCACUCGAAGACCCGUCAGAUGAAGUUAAGGAGAAAUCAUAUUAUGCAUUGGCAGCGUUCUGCGAAGAUAUGGGUGAAGAUAUCCUACCAUAUCUAGAACCUUUGAUAUGCAGAUUAGUUAUGUCUUUGCAGAGCAUUCCCCGGAACCUGCAAGAGACAUGCAUGUCCGCAAUCGGCUCUGUAGCAGCUGCUGCAGAACAGGCUUUUAUCCCAUAUGCAGAGAAGGUUCUUGAAAUGAUGAAAGGCUUUCUGGUGCUCACUAAGGAUGAAGAUUUGUGUGCACGAGCUAGGGCUACUGAGGUUGUUGGGAUAGUUGCAAUGGCAGUAGGCAAAACCAGAAUGGAAGCAAUAUUACCUCCUUUUAUUGAGGCUGCUAUUUCUGGUUUUGGAUUGGAUUAUAGCGAGCUAAGAGAGUAUACUCAUGGUUUCUUUAGCAACAUUGCUGAGAUUCUGGAUGAUAGUUUCACACAGUAUCUUCCUCAUGUUGUGCCUCUUGUAUUCUUUUCGUGCAACUUGGAUGAUGGUUCUGCUGUGGACAUUGAUGAUGCUGAUGGUGCUGACAAUGGAUUUAGUGGUGUUUCUUCUGACGAUGAUACCGAUGAUGAGCCAAGAGUUAGAAAUAUCAGUGUGAGGACUGGAGUAUUAGACGAGAAAGCAGCUGCAACUCAGGCUAUUGGAUUUUUUGCACUUCACACAAAGAGUGCCUACGCUCCUUACUUGGAGGAAUCGUUGAAGAUUUUAAUCAAGCACAGUGGAUAUUUUCAUGAAGAUGUCAGGCUUCAGGCUAUUAUUUCCUUAAAACACAUCCUAACUGCAGUAAGGGCAAUACCUGCACAUCCUGAUAUACUCGAGAAACAGAAGGCUGUUCUUGAUACUAUAAUGAACAUCUAUAUCAAGACAAUGACAGAGGAUGAUGAUAAAGAAGUAGUAGCGCAAGCUUGCAUGAGUGUAGCAGAUAUCGUGAAAGAUUGCGGUUUUGCUGCAGUUGAACUUUAUAUGUCACAGCUUUCUGAGGCAACACUUACCCUGUUGCGUCAAGAAUCAUGCUGUCAGCAAGUAGAGUCGGACGGCGAAGAUGAUGGUGACAUUGAUCAUGAUGAAGUCCUCAUGGAUGCAGUUUCAGAUCUCUUGCCUGCUUUUGCGAAAGUGAUGCGAUCUUACUUUGACCCUCUCCUUGCAAAGUUAUUUGAUCCCCUGAUGAAAUUUGCUAAAUCUCCACAUCCUCCCCAAGAUAAGACUAUGGUUGUUGCAACUUUAGCUGAGGUUGCUCAAGAAAUGGGUGCUCCAAUUUCUGCUUAUGUUGAUAAGAUAAUGCCUUUGGCGUUGAAAGAACUUGCAUCUUCUGAGGCUACGAAUAGGAGAAAUGCUGCUUUCUGUGUUGGCGAGCUAUGCAAGAAUGGGGCUGCUGCAGCACUGAGAUAUUACCCGGAUAUACUGCAGGGUCUGCAUCGUUUGUUUGCUGAUUCUGAACCAGACCUCGCAGUUAGAGAUAAUGCUGCAGGUGCUAUUGCUAGAAUGAUAAUGGUGCAACCUCAGUCAAUUCCUCUCAACCAGGUUCUUCCAGUGUUUAUCAAUGCUCUGCCACUAAAAGAAGAUCAUGAAGAGUCAAUGGCUGUCUACAGCUGCUUAUGUAAUUUGUUACUAUCGUCGCAUCCCCAGAUCCUUGCUCAAGUGGCUGAAGUGAUACAUGUCUUUGCCCAAGUGGUAGUAUCCCCGGAUGAGAGUGAUGAAGUCAAAACAAUUAUUGGCAAGGCUGUUUCUUAUUUGAUAUCCAGCUAUGGCCAACAGAUGCAGGCAAUACUAGGUGCUCUACCACCAGUUCAUGCGAAUGCGUUGGCAGCAUUUGCCAGUAGAAGAUGAUCUUAAGAGAAACAAUUUACCUUCAAUUUUUUGUGCUGCUGGAGUGUUUUGUUGAAGAUUGCCCCUUGAGGAAUCACCCAAGUUUUGUCACUUGCUGCCGUUUACUGAAGAAUACUGGUUAGCCAGGUAUGGCCUGAUCAGCAAAACCUAUCUGGAAUAUCUAGGUUGCGAUGCCAAAUAUGCGCUAAUGCGGAAGUAUGAGAGAUAAGUGCUCGUUUGGUUGGUGCUUAUGUCGUGUAUUUACAUUUUUCGAGUUGUAGUAUAUUGCACUGAGAAUGGUGUUUACUGCGGUUGAAGAUGCAUUGCUUUGGCAGGCGGCAGCUUUUGUGAGUCCCGUGGGUAUUGUUUUUGGCUAUUUGUGUGUUCGAUUUUAUAAUUCUUUGAUGGGGGUGUGCAAAUCGUUGAUGUACUGGUAUAUACAAAGA